AUGGACGAUAUGCUCAGGCUAGACGAGAAAACGUGUAUCCCAGUUCAUUUGAAGAAGCUUGAAAUUGCGAACAUUCUGAAUUCAUACAGAAAAAUGCAUUCUAAAAUUAGAAUGACUAAAGAACCUGAAAAUAUAUCUCCUGAAUGCAAUAUUAUCGUCUCGUUUAACAGGGAUGUCAGCAUUUCUAUUACGAACCUCAUGCUUUCCCUUUGGUACUGGAACGAUUGGGAUGGUACCAAUCCAGCUAACGUUUGGUCUUCUUCGCCUUCGCGAUACGCCUGCCACCAGUUCGCGUCUUCUUGGCUUAUGAUAUGCAAUACGUCGCCUUUCUGGAAACUAAUGCCUAAUUCUCGGCACGGAAUCGCGGCCUUAGGGGGCGGAUACCUCGGAGGCGUCUUGUUCCGCGCCACGAACGUGUCCGGCACGUCAACUGCCAUUUCCCGAUGCGGUCCGUCCGUGCUGCCUCCUCCCCCGCCUUGCCCCGUGGACAGCAUCAUCACCAUAUCGUCCAGUUCCACGUCGUCCGCCUGCAGGUGCUUCUUGACGGGCUCCUGGAGGUCCUCCUCGCAACAGCCGCCGUCCAGCACCACGAUGCUGCUGCCACUGCGACGGCGGGGCCUGGAACGACGAAAAAUAGUACCUACAGUAAAAUUAUCUCAAUCUAGCAUCACUAGACCAUUCACUAGAACCAUUCCAUUGCCCAUGUCCAGAUACGGCACUCAAAGGCCUUUUAGAAAGAACCCAAAGGAUUUCGAAGCUUACCAAGAUCUUGAAAAGUUCUCGAGAGCGGUGCAAGUGGGAGUAAGCAGGUACAAAAAAGAAGGUAGUUUCGAGCGUCGAGCGGUACCGCAGACACCGUCGAGUCGUGCCGUCGUUCUGAGGCGACUCGACGAUUAUUUCCGAGCGAGUCGGUCAGGUGGUUCGUCAGGGAAUUCCUCGGAACCGCCGGCACGGUACCACUGGCCGACCGCGCAGAAGAGACCUACACUGGACAGAAUGUUCGCUUCGACGUCACAAAGAAAUGAUGAUCGUUUGCGGGCGUCUUACAAUAUCUCGUUACUUACAGCAUCAUCCGGAAAACCGCAUACUAUCGGAGAGAAGUUAAUUUUGCCAGCCGUUAAAGAGGUUUUAAAAACUGUUUUACACAAACCUGCAUCUGAUAUCAUUAAAAGAAUUCCCUUAAGCAACAAUACUGUUGAAAGACGUAUUGAUGAAAUGAGUUCUGAUAUUGAAAGCUUCUUAGGUAAUUAUUUGCAAACGACCCAUUUCUCUAUAGAACUGGACAAGUCAACUUUACCUGAUAAUGAAGCAUUAUUAUUGGCAUAUGUUCGUUUUAUUAUGAAUCAAGAAAUCUACGAAGAACUGCUCUUCGCAAGAACUUUGAUAACCGACACUAAAGUUGAAUCAAUAUUUCAUGUUUUGAAGGAUUACUUCAUUGAAAAAGCAAUUCCUUUAUCAAAUAUAAUAUCAGUAAAUACAGAUGGAGCACCUGCCAUGUUGAGUAGAUUGGCCAAUAGCUAA